CCCUGUUGGGUCGCCCAGCCUUCGACCGGGUAUCAGGCGAGAGGCGGAGCCGCCCUGCGUGCCCCGCCCCCGCGGUAGAAAGGGUUGGGCGAGUGUUACUUGCGGUCAGGGCUGGGACCUUUUAUCUGCUGCUGGAGGAGGUAGGAGGAGGAGACAUCGGGGGUGGUCCUGGGCGCCUGGGACACCGUUCCUGAACUAUAAAUUGAGCACCUGGGAUGGGCAGGAGGACGAAGCAGCCACCGCCAUCCGCACUCACAGCAGCAGCGCUCUUGGGUAGCCACCUUCUGCAACGCAAACACUGAAAACCAGGGGAGCUAUCAGUGCAAGAGCAGGUCAAGGCUAGACCCAACCACCCACCAUCAUUGAAAGCCAAAGCUAAGAGCAGCCGCGUAUCACGCAGGGCUGGGCUGCAACAGAAACUGGAGUGAAGAGAGGGCGGAGAAGGAUCUGGGAAUCCCACCACACUAGCUAAAAGCAGGCUCCAGGGAUCGGCCUCUGAGAGCGUUUGAAGGCGGCCAUCCGUCGCCAGCAGUCUGUCUUGGUGCAUCAGCGUCUCAGUGUUUCGGCGCCCGCUCGGCCACCAUGAUGCAAAUCUGCGACACUUACAACCAGAGGCACUCACUCUUUAACGCCAUGAAUCGCUUCAUUGGCGCGGUGAACAACAUGGACCAGACGGUGAUGGUGCCCAGUCUGCUGCGCGACGUGCCCCUGUCCGAACCGGAGCUAGACAACGAGGUCGGCGUGGAGGUAGGCAGCAGUGGAAGCUGCCUGGAGGAGCGCACGACUCCAGCCCCAAGCCCGGCCAGCGCUAAUGGAAGCUUUUUCGCGCCAUCCCGGGACAUGUACAGCCACUACAUGCUGCUCAAGUCCAUCCGCAAUGAUAUCGAGUGGGGAGUCCUGCACCAGCCAUCGUCCCCGCCGGCCGGGAGCGAGGAGAGUACCUGGAAGUCCAAGGACAUUCUAGUGGGCCUGAGCCAUUUGGAGAGCACGGAGGCCGGCGAGGAAGAUCUGGAGCAGCAGUUCCACUACCACCUGCGCGGGCUGCACACUGUGCUCUCCAAACUCACCCGCAAAGCCAACAUCCUCACCAACAGAUACAAGCAGGAGAUCGGCUUCAGUAAUUGGGGCCACUGAGGCGGGGCUAUCCUCACUGCCCCAGCACCCUUUCAGGCCGGCUCUCCCACCCCUCUCUUUUCCUCCAAGCUAUUUCUUCCUGGUUGCGGGGCGCUAAGGGCACACUGUAAAGUUGGGCUGGGUACGUGGGGGAGGGGGAUUGUGUGGAGAAGAGGGCCUCAUCGCGAGAGCAGACGAAAGUAGUCGCCAGAGAGGGGGGUUCAAAGACCCCCGGAGGGGGCCUGCUCUCUGUUGGUGGGAAAUGGGACUGGGCCAAAGUCCUUCAUUCAGCCUGUGCCUUUCUUGGGGUUUCUUUUCUGUUUUUCUUUCCGGAAGAGGAGGGCCUGAGAAAGGGCCAUGCCGGGCACGGCUCUGGGUUGCCAUACUUGGGAGGGCAGCUUCUCGCUGGGUGCUCAUGGGAGGCGGGGCGCAGUCUCCUGCCCGCCCUGCUUUGAGCUGCAAGAGGAGGCCCUGGCGUUGCUAGGAUUGCGUCAGUUUUCCUGUUUGCACUAUGUCUUUUUGUAACAGUGACCCUGUCUUAAGUAUUUCAAAUCUCUUUGCUUUGAAACUUUGUCGAUUCCGUUGUGAUAAGCGCACAAACAGCACUGUUGGUAACCGGUACUACUUUAUUAACGAUUUUCUGUUACACUGAACAGUAGUCCUGUGGCACCCCAUCACUUUUCACGCCACCCCUCCCCCUCCCGUGUGUGUAAACUGGCGGUGCGCCAGCUAGAAUAAAGCUUGCCACUAGGCCAGCAAAAAUAAUAACAUUAUUAUGAGAAAGUGGAUUUAUCCAAAGUGGAACCAACUGACAUUCUAUCUGUGUCGUACAUAGAAUGAUGAAGGGUUCCACUGUUGUUAUAUGUCUUGUUUAUUUAAAACUUUUUUUAAUCCAGAUGUAGACUAUAUUCUAAAAAAUAAAAAGUGUAUGUGUUAACUAAA